AUGUACAGUGUGGUGGCCAAGGUUGGAGGCGCCUUCUGCGCCGUGACGAAGGUCAUCGGGCAAAUCUUCUCGUCCCUCAUAACCAUCAUCGAGAAGCUGGUGAUGUUCUUGAUCGACGUUGUGGUGAACAGCUUGAAGCUGGUUCGGGCCAUCUUCUUCAGCAUCUUCAGGCUCAUCCACAAGGACCUCGGCGGCAUGCGCGCCUGGACGGAAGAGUGCCCCGCCGUGUCCCCGGCGCUGCCCUCCAGCGAGGAGAUCGCGGCCUCCAGCGUCAUGGAAGCCGACAGCGAGAGCUUCU